AAUGAUAUACUAUAGCACAAGUUAACAUUAAUUAAGUUAGUAAGUGGUGGAGAGUUCCUACAGCUCUUCAUAUUUAAAUUAUUUAUCGACAAAUAAAGUAUAAAAAUGACUGGAGAGAAAGUGAAAUUUUCCGCCAUUAUUGUUCAAGGAUUGGGCACAUUGGCCAUUUCCCUUUUGAUGAGUCUCACAGGAUUCGUCUAUGCGUGGCCAUCGUACACAGCCGCCAACUUUAUGUCCAAUGACACAGUCUUAUCAGCACCCAUGUCACAAACGGAGAUGUCACUGUUGGGAAGUUUGACAAACAUUGGAGCAUUAAUUGUAACACCAUUCUGUGGUUAUGUUCUCAAUAAAAUUGGUAGGAAGUACGCGGCUAUGCUGUUUGGAAUACCAUUUGUGAUUGCUUGGACAGUAAUAUCUUUUACGACUCAUGUGCCCCUGGUACUUGCAUCAGUUGGAUUUGCUGGCGCUGGCGCUGCGGGUCAAGUGGUUUCGGCUGUGUAUAUAUCUGAAAUAUGUCAAGAUUCUAUAAGAGGUGCCCUGGCAUCGACUGUGGCAUCGUGUUACUUCAUUGGAUUACUGGUAUCAUAUGUACUGGGCGGUUACUUAUCAUAUCAUCAAGUGGUGAAGACACAUUUGAUUAUAUCGAUCCUUUAUAUAUUGAUGUUGGCGCUACUCAAGGAAUCUCCUGUUUUUCUGGUACAAAAGGGAAAACUUGAGGAUGCAGCGAAAUCAAUAGCUUUCUACAGACGAGUAGACGCAAAUUCCAAAGUAGUUGAAACGGAGAUAAAAAAAAUUAAAUUGCUAUUAGAUCCAAGGAUAGAGAGGCUAUUACAGGAAAAAGAUAUAAAUGCAGUUGAAACAUUACUCGACAACAAAGGCACCGAUGAAGAAAUGAAAACUGAAUCACAGUGGAAAUUUCUUGCGAAGUCGUCAUCUUCAAAACGUGCUCUCUUAUCAUGUUUGGUAGUUAUGUCUACCACGAUAUUGAUGGGGGCAAUUGUACUUCAAGUGUAUGCAGAACCACUCUUCAAAGAAGCAUUACCGUCAAUGGAAUCAAACCUAUGCUCUAUUUUACUCGCCUCUGACUUUUUGGUGGGAAGCCUGAUAUGUGCUUUAAUGUUGGACAGGCUGGGACGAAAGGCUUUACUGACGUCAUCAUCAAUUGCAUCCGGUAUCUGUGCGUUGCUACUUGGAACACAACUGUGGUUUCACUGGGCACCAGUCUGGUGUACAGUGGUCCUGAUAUAUUCAUACUGCUUUGUAUAUAACUUGGGAGCAGCUGUAGUACCGUUUGUGUUGCCUGCUGAAGUAUUUCUACCAGAAGUACGUGGUCUUUGUAACAGUCUCGUGUUAGGUGUUGCGUGGACAAUGAAUUUCAUCACUCUCAUCAUAUUCAACCCGUUAGUAACCUAUUUAGGAUUGGGUCCACUUUUUUGUGUAUUCGCUGUCGUGUGUUUCAUUGGAGCCCUGUAUUCUCAUUUAUGUGUUCCAGAAACUAAAGGGCUAUCAGCUGAUGCUAUUCAGUUGUUAUUUUUAAAACGCAAAUAA